AUGGAUGAAAGAUUGAAAACAUUACUGCUUUCAAGCUUUAUAUUAUUUAGUUUUUCAUAUAUUUACGAUUUACCCGCAACAUUAAAUGAAAAUAUAAAUUAUGGUACUACCCAUAAAGCUUGCAGGUUAGCUUUACUUUACUCAGUUUACGCUUUUCCCAAUAUCAUCAUACCUUUAUUAUUUAGAUGGACGUCUUCAAUAGAUUUACCUCUCAUUUCAGAAAUAUUGGUUUUUUUAGUUUUUCUAGGGCAAGUUACGUACUCCAUCGGCGUGUAUAAAAUAAACUAUAAGAUUAUGGUUUUAGGUAGAUUUGUUUAUGGAUUGGGCGGAGAAAGCUUUUCAAUUAUAAUUAAUAGACUAAUAUCAAAAGAAUUUAAAAGCAAUAAUUUAUCUUUUACUUUAGGAGUAUUUUCAAGUAUUGCAAAACUGGGUUCAAUUUUAAAUUUUUUAAGUUCUCCUUUAAUAGCAGAAAAAAUUCAUAGAAUUUUACCUUGUGUAAUAGGAAUUAUUUUGACUGCUCUAAGUUUAAUUGGUUGUUUAAUUUUAAAUGAUGUUUUAUAUAAACAAAAAAGAUUCUCUUUGUUGAUUGCAGAAUCAAAUAAAAGAGAUUGCGAACCAGUAAAAAAAUCAAUAAAGUUAAAAAACGAAAAUAAUUUAACAAAUUUAAAUGCCGAAAUAUCAAGAGAUGAAUCCAAAAACACUAAAAAUAUAGAUUUUUCUCAAAUUUUUUAUCAAGUAGAUUUUAAUGAAUCGCCUUUUAAACCCUGGGAAACAGUAAACAAUGACUAUACGUCAGAGAUUACAGAAAAAUUAUCAAAAUCCGAUCCACAAGAGUUACAAAAAAUUGAAAAUACAAUUUUUUACGAGCCUUCUAUAAAAAAAGCAAAAUCUUUUCAUUCAACUUUCAUUAUUCUCGCAUUUAUUUCAUUUUUAGUGGCAAUAGUUUGGGCACCUUUUUAUUCACUAGCUCCAAUUUUAUUUAAAUCGCAAUACAAUCUAAAUACACUAGAAUCGGGGCAUCUACUAUCAAUUGUAGAAAUUUUAAGUUUAUUUUUGACACCGAUGAUAGGAAUUUUAGCCGAUCGGUAUGGUAACAAAAUAUAUUUGAUGUUAAUAGGGUGUAGUUUACUACUAUUAAGUCAUUUAUCAUUGGCAUUGCACAGUUUAUCUCCUUUCAUUAUUGUUAGUAUUUUAGGAACAGCAGGUCCCUUGGUAAAUUGUUAUUGGCCAUGUAUCCCAAGCUUAGUUUCAGAAAAUAAUCUAACUAAUGGAUUUGCAACAAUAUUUUGCUUGUUAAAUCUGGCCUUUACACUUUCGCCAAUUUUAAUUGGCUUUUUACUUUCUAAAUUUGAAAGUUUUAAAAUGGCUGAAUAUUUCAUUGUUGGUAUUUCUAGUGUGGUAUUUUUAACAACAGGAUUUUUAAUUUAUCUUGAUAAAAAAUUUAGAUUAGGACUUAAUCAAAGAGCAGAAAAGUUUAAACUCUCUUCAAGCUGUUAG